AUGUCUGACGAAUUCCCCCUCCCCGUCCCGCCGUCUAAGAACAAGAACGUGCUUGCCGUUGAGCUCAUCUCCGGAUCCUUUGGCGGUGCCGCUCAGGUCAUCUCGGGUCAGCCGCUGGACACGCUUAAGACUACCGCCCCUGCGGGCAAGUACAAGAACACGCUCGACAUUCUCAAGCAGACAGUUCGCAAUGAGGGUGUUCUCGCUUUGUACAAGGGCAUGGCCUCGCCCCUUCUCGGAGUCGCUGCCGUCAACUCGCUCCUCUUCACCGCCUACGGCGCCGCUCGUCGCAUCGUCUCGCCGUACCCCGACCUGACGAUCCCGCAAGUUGCGCUUGCUGGAGGAAUGGCCGGUGCCGCGAACGCUAUCCUCGCCUCGCCUGUGGAGAUGUUCAAGAUCAGGAUGCAAGGGCAGUACGGCGGUGCCGGGGACCUCACGCUGCGACAAGCCGUUGCGCAGAUGUGGCGCGACUGGGGCUUCCGCCAAGGCAUCAUGCGCGGAUACAUUAUCACGUUCGUGAAGGAGAUCCCGGCGUACGCCGGAUUCUACUCGGGAUACGAGACGGCGAAGCGCUUCUUUGCGCGCAAGUUUGAUGGCGAGGUGCCCGUCUGGGCGACGCUGCUGUCUGGAGCGACCGGCGGUGUCUCGUACUGGCUCACGAGCUACCCGCUCGACAUUGCCAAGAGCCGCAUCCAGCUCGCUGACAAGCCGCCCGCGAAGCAGGGUCUGCGUGGUUGGAUCAAGGGAGGAUACAUUACGCAGGAGCUGAAUCAGAUCACGAAGGAGGGUGGAGUAAAGGCGCUGUUCCGUGGUCUCGGCCCGUCGCUCAUGCGUGCCGCUCCCGCCGCCGCGAGCACCUUUGUCGCCUACGAGCUGACCAAGGAGUACAUCCUGAAGCACCAGCUCAUCUAA